AUGCCUACUGUGGUCUUAAUGGACGUUUCUCUGUCCAUGACACGGCCAGUGUCACUGGACAGCAACGAGGAGUUUCAGAGGAAGAACUUGGCAGUUCAUGGACUUAACAUGCUGUUUGAACACAUGGCCUCUAACUACCGCUUAGAGUUCACAGCUCUGAUGGCCUUCUCCUCCCUCUGGGAGCUGCUGGUACCUUUCACCAGAGAUUACAACGCCCUGCAGGAGGCACUGAGCUCACUGGAAGACUAUGACAAGACGUGUAUUGAAUCAGCUCUUCAUGGAGUCAGUAACGUUUUCCAACAGGAGUGGGGCAGCACCUGUGCCUGUCAGGUGAUUCUUGUCACUGAUGGAUCUCUUGGCAUUGGAAAGGGUUCUCUGCGUCACUCCCUUCAAACUAUGAAGCAGCGUGGAGAAGACAAGAAGUUCCCACUGCCUUUCCCCUUCUCAACAAAGAUGUACAUUAUGUGUGUAGCAAGCGCAGAGGAGUUACAGAUGACUGAUGCUUUGGACAAUUUGGAGGAAUUACUUCGCCUUAGUGGAGGAGACGGUCAGAUCUUCACCGUAGAAGGACCACUGUGCAUGAAAAGUGUACACGCAAUGUUUGGGAGGCUGAUUGAUUAUGCGUAUUCUCCUUUCCAUGCUGUGUUGCAUUGUGGGAACCUUUCCUCUGAUGUUCAGGUGUUCCCUCGACCCGAGCCUGUCGUGGUGGACGAGGAGGUGGAGCCCAUGCCCAAAACAGUCAACACAGACUUGGAAAUCAUGGGCUUUAUUGAAAUUGCCGACAUUUCGAGUCCUCCGGUUAUAUCAAGACACCUGGUACUGCCGAUCGCUGUAAACAAAGAGGUAGAUGAAGUUGGUGCAGGAGCCACAGAUGACCUUGACGAUGAACCCUCUGCCAGUCAGGUGGCUGGAAAAUCCCCAAACUUUUGUGUGCUUUUACAUGGUAGUCUGAAGGUUGAGGGCAUGGUGGCCUUGGUCCAGCUAGGGCCAGAGUGGUACGGCAUGUUGUACUCUCAAGCAGACAGUAAGAAGAAAUCUAAUCUGAUGAUGUCACUGUUUGAGCCUGGUUCAGAACCACUGCCCUGGCUGGGCAAGAUCUCACAGUUAGGACCAAUUUCUGAGGCUGCCGAAAAUCCCUACGGUGAAGAUGACAGCAAAAGUCCUUUUCCUGUGCAGCCACAGGUCAAACGAAGCUAUGCUCAAAAUGUUACGGUGUGGAUAAAGGCCAGUGGACUACAGACUGAUGUGCAGAAAAUUUUGAGGAAUGCCAGAAAGCUACCUGAUAAAACCCAAACCUUCUACAAAGAGCUGAACCGUCUGCGAAAAGCCGCCUUGGCCUUUGGUUUUUGGGAACUGCUGAAAGGAGUGGCCGAUCUGCUGGAGAGGGAGUGCACCAUGUUGCCUGACUCGGCUCAUCCUGAUGCAGCGUUCCAGCUUUCCCAUGCUGCACAGCAGCUGAAACUGGCCAGCACCGGUGACUCUCAGUACGCUGCUUUUGAUCACAACAUUGCUCCCAUGCACACUGACUUUUCAAGCUGAAACAGCCAGCGCAGUAGUAGACUGAAGCCAAACAUCUUUGGUCUCUGUGGGCUUAUGUAAUAAGAUGGACACUGAUUCAGGAGACAUCGAGAAAAACUCCUCUGUAAAGUCAAGACAUUUGUAUGAAUAAAAAAAACUGUACAUAUAUUUUUAACAUGAGAGUUUACAUAUGAUUUCUUCACUUAUCGAUGAUGUUUAAUUUGAAAUCAAUGUCAAAUAACAGGAAUCUGUGAAAUCUUGGAGUUUUACAACUAAUUUUUAGUGUAUUAGUAAAUGUCAGAUAAGACAACAUGUCAAUAGAAAAUCUAUAGGAAUAAUAAAAAAAACAUUUUCAU